AUUGGCCAAUUGCUGUUUUAAUGUGGUCCCACGUGAUCGCUGGAUGAGAGCAUGGCUGCCUGCAGCGAUGGGAAGGCAAUGAGGGAAGGGCAGGAUUGCAUCCUGGAGCCCUUGUCCUUCCCGGAGGGCCCCGACAGCAGUGUCCCCAUUGCGGGUGUGACCGCCGCCACCAUCCCCUGCGCCUUGUGUCCCGACCCUCCCCCCCUCUGGGAGAAGGAGUCGCUCCUGAAGCACAUGCUGCUGGAACACAAGUUGGUCAUCGCCGACGUCAGGCUGGUGGCCGAUUUUCCGAGGUAUAUCUUGUACUGGAGGAGAAGAUUCAGCGAGCUGCCCAUCACUGACUUCUGCAGCGUUAUCCAGACCAACUCCCACGGACCUGCCGAGAAGCAAGAGAAGUACUUCCUGCUGUGUGACUCCCUUCCGGAAGACCGCGUCCUGAGGGAGCAGCUUCAGCAGGAGCGACUGGAGCAGAUUCUGGAACAGCAGCAAAGGGAGAGAGAUGACCACACCUUUCAGCGCACGUGCAUGUUCUGUCCCGAGCAGUUCACGGGAAACAGGUCUUUGCUUCUGAACCACAUGGUGAAGGAGCACGGCUUCAACGUGGGCCUGCCGGACAACAUCGUGCACUGCGACGAGUUCCUGGACACGCUGCAGGCGAAGCUCGAUAGCUUGCGGUGCUUGUACUGCGAGAAAACCUUCAGGGACAAAAACACACUGAAGGACCAUAUGCGCAAGAAGCUGCACCGUAAGAUCAACUCCAGCAACAAGGAGUAUGACCGCUUCUACGUCAUCAACUACUUGGAACUGGGAAAGACUUGGGAAGAGGUUCAAUCAGAGGACGAUCGUGAGAUGAUGGAGGACAGGGAUGAUGAUUGGUCAGACUGGCAGGCCCGCCCCCUGUAUGCUGUCUGUCUGUUCUGUGAGCACCAAUCAGAAACCAUGGACCAGAUCUACACUCACAUGCAGGACAGACACGGAUUUGAUCUUCAUAAAUUAAAAGCAGAAUUCAACCUGAAAUUUUACCAGCAAGUGAAACUGGUGAACUUCAUAAGACGGGAGGUUCACCAGUGCCGUUGCUAUGGCUGCCAGGAGAAGUUCGACAGCAGGGAGGCAGUUGUGCAACACAUGCGGGACGCUGCCCAUGCGAUGGCGUUGCCUCCGCAGUCCACCUGGGACCAGCCUCAGUACUACUUUCCCACUUACGAAAACGACGGACUGCUGUGCGCCCUGUCUGACAGCGACGGCGAGUCGGACCCCGCCGGCUGGGGCGCGGACGUUCCCGUGAUCUCAGAGGACGUAUCCACCCUGGAAGCACUCAGGCAGAACAGCGUGCUCGGUCACCUGCUGGAGGACAGGGACAGCCCCCCUAUGGGCCCCGGGGCCGUGUGAUUUAGGGCCACUGGCCUGCGACUUCUCCUUUGAAAGCCCACGGGGCAGGACUCUUUGGGACAGUCAUAGCUGGAAAGCAGAAGCAGCCAAAAUUGGCUUCAUCUAAAAUGUCUCAUUGAACUUAAUAUCGUUUGGACUUUAUUCAGGAAGUGACGUAAAUAAAUAAAACUGAGUUAAAACAGUU